GAUUCACUGCAGAGAUUCGACUCAAAUUAAUCUUUCAUUCACGAAUCAGCCACUAUUGUAAUGUAAGAUUAGGAACGGUUCACGACAAGAAGACAUUGUUAAAACGUUUAGUUUUGGCGCCCAAAACAUUUGGUAAGAUCAGUUAGUCAGGUUAUUUGUAUCAAGUGCUAAACUAAUUUAACAAAUUAAACACACACACACACACACACGACGAUUUUCUAAGUUAGGGACCCUGCAAGAGCGUUGUGUGUUCUUGUUUUUCGCUUUUCAAUCAGGUAGGUAAAAUCGCCACGCUCCCCGAGCGUCUCGACGCUCUUUGUGUUAAGUGUGAUCAGACAGCGAAACGAAACACACCGACCGUUGUCAGGUGCCUGGAACCACACCGACGCAGAUCACAGUGCAACCACCAGGUUUUCAACAGCCUUUAACAUUCGUAUCACCACCUUCGAUCUUUAAUCAGUGUCUUCAUUGUGAUGGCGCUUCUGGUGGGUGUGUCUCUGGUGUGACUGAUAGCGUGCGCUAAAGGAAUGGACUACAGUGAGGAAAAGAACUAGUAGAGACCACACCCCCAAACAUCAUGACGCUCAACCCAUCCUGAAUCGCACACACGUCACACAAUCACACAAACGAACUUCCUCGCCAUGGGCUCUGUGUACCUGUGGAAGUUGUCCUCCCAAAAGCUGGGAUUCUUCUUGGUGAGUUUCGGCUUCAUUUGGGGGAUGAUGCUGCUUCAUUUCACCAUCCAGCAGAGAGCGACGCACGAAAGCAGCGCUCAACUACGUACGCAAAUAUUGGACCUCAGUAAGCGAUAUAUCAAAGCCCUUGCGGAGGAGAACCAGAGCGUGAUGGAUGGACCCUACGUAGGCACCAUGACUGCAUACGAUCUGAAGAAGACUCUAGCUGUUCUUCUGGAUAAUAUAAUGCAGAGGCUAUCAAAGCUGGAGUCUAAAGUGGACAAUAUCAUGUACAACGGCACCAGUACCAACCUGACCAAUGGAACCGGGACCCCUGGACCGAACCCCAUCAACCCAGAAAAAGUCAAUGUGGCAGACUUGCUGAACGGAGCACAGGAGAAAUGCGAACUACCCUCGCUUGACGGCUUCCCGCAUUGUGAAGGGAAGUUGAACUGGAUGAAGGACAUGUGGCGUUCGGACCCCUGCUACGGCAACUACGGCGUGGACGGAUCCACCUGUUCGUUCUUCAUUUAUCUGAGUGAGGUUGAGAACUGGUGCCCUCGCCUGCCGUGGAGGAUCAAGAAUAAUGCUGAUGAAGCCGACAAGAAAACACAGAAGGAGAUCCGCACCAGUUUCGAGGAGCUGUAUCGCGUGAUGUCGCGGCGCGAGGAGUUUCGCUGGAUGAUGCUGCGGAUCAAGCGCAUGGAGGAGCCGUGGGUCAGCGCCGUCCGCUCCCUCGCCGACAAACAAAACCUCAGCAGCCACAAGCGCAAAAAGAUCCUGGUGCACCUGGGGCUCCUGACGAAGGAGUCUGGUUUUAAGAUCGCGGAGAACGCGUUCAGCGGAGGUCCUCUGGGCGAGCUGGUCCAGUGGAGUGACCUGAUCACCACGCUGUAUCUGCUGGGACACGACAUCCGCAUCUCAGCGUCGCUCGCCGAGCUCAAGGAGAUCAUGAAGAAGGUCAUGGGGAACAAGUCCAGCUGCCCCACCAAGGGUGAUAAAGUCGUGGAGCUCAUCUAUAUAGACAUCGUGGGUCUGGCUCAGUUCAAGAAGACGCUGGGCCCGUCCUGGGUCCAUUAUCAGUGCAUGCUGAGGGUCUUAGACUCGUUUGGGACGGAGCCCGAGUUUAACCACGCCCACUACGCCCAGUCGAAAGGUCACAAAACUCCGUGGGGCAAGUGGAACCUGAACCCCCAGCAGUUCAACACCAUGUUUCCCCACACUCCAGACAAUAGUUUCCUGGGCUUUGUUGUCGAGCAGCACCUGAACGCCAGCGACGUCAGACACAUCGACGACAUCAAACGACAAAACCAGUCGCUGGUGUACGGCAAGGUGGACAACUUCUGGAAGGAUAAAAAGAAAUACCUGGACAUCAUUCAUUCGUACAUGGAAGUGCACGGCACGGUCCACGGCACGAGUACGGUCCACCUGCCGGCCUACGUGAAGAACCACGGCAUCCUCAGCGGACGCGACCUCCAGUUCCUCCUGCGGGAGACCAAGCUUUUUGUCGGACUGUCCUUCCCGUACGAGGGCCCCGCCCCUCUGGAGGCCAUAGCCAAUGGCUGCACGUUCCUCAACCCGCGGUUCGACCCGCCUAAAAGCAGCAAAAACACCGAUUUCUUCAAGGGCAAGCCCACACUCCGAGAGCUGACCUCCCAGCACCCUUAUGCUGAGGUUUACAUCGGACGGCCGCAUGUCUGGACCGUCAACAUAGAUGAUCCAGCAGAGGUGGAGAACGCCAUUAAAACCAUCCUCAGUCAGAAGAUCGAGCCGUAUCUGCCGUACGAGUUCACCUGUGAGGGGAUGUUACAGCGCGUCAACGCUUUCAUCGAGAACCAGGAUUUCUGUCAUGGUCAGGUGAUGUGGCCUCCUCUCAGCGCCAUGCAGGUCAAACUGGCUCCGGCUGGUAAAUCCUGCAAGCAGGUGUGUCAGGAAGAGCAGCUGAUCUGUGAACCCUCUUUCUUCCAGCAUCUCAAUAAAGACAAGGAUCUGUUCAGGUAUGGUGUGGAGUGUAAGACGGUGGAGUCCAGCAGUGAUAUCGUCGUCCCCGCCUUCAGCGAAUCGGUGGGGCAUUGUGUGUUCCAGUCAGACCUGCUACUGUUCAGCUGCGCCGGGGCCCAUCAGUCCCUCACACGCAUCUGUCCCUGCAGAGACUACAUGAAAGGACAGGUGGCGCUGUGCAAGGACUGCUUAUAACACACACACACGCGCACCACACACACUUCAGCAACCCCAUACGACCAACCCGGCGGUUUGUCACCCGCUGUACUGGACGGGACCGGACUAUUACACAGCGCAAUACUGACAGAGCCAGUGUUGUAAUGUGCGGAAAUUCGAUUAAAGAUUUCAGAGGAAUUCAACUCUCGUUUUAUUCCCAUAAACUCAAAAAAAGAAAGAAAUGGAAAAGCUGGAGUGCGGCAGCUCUCGGCUCUUGGCCGAAAAAAACGAAGGAUGGAAAGAGGAAAAAAAGUAUUUAUUUUGCUGGAAUUUAUUUUAUUUCAUUUUUAUUUUUUUCACACAAACUUGAACUAGUUUCAGGCUGACAUACUUGAAGUGGAUUCUAGGGAAUCAGAACUGUACACUGCCCCCUGCUGGCAUGGAGGAAACACUGAUGUGACGUUUAUUAGCCCAGUUCUUCAUUCUACUGUUUUUGUUUUUUUUCUUCUCUCGCUAAGGUGACUUUCAUCAUUGGACCAAGUCUGGUGACUGACUCUGAAAAUCAUCUUUUGACCAUUUUGAGGACUCAAACUGAGUGCGUGUUUAUUAGUGUGCGAAUGCACUUGCUAUUGGGGAAAUUUCCCCAGUUUUACACUGUAACUGGACUUUCCGUGUACUGGCUCCGUGAUAUGACGCGUUCACAUGUAAAUAACAGAUGCUAAAACGUAAACACAAGGAAAUCUUUUGUUUUUCUGCACGGUAGUUUACUUAUUAACAGCAGAUGCUAACACUGCGAAUUUUCGGUGUUAGUCACGAUCCACGUUAAAUAUCGCAGUACUACUAACUAGUCAACUGCCAGAUGAGAUGUUUUAGUGAAAUCCACACGUCGCAAACCAGCCAGUAUGAAGUAGGGCGCAAACCAACUGACCAAACUAAAUGUUAAACUAGACUGAAUUCAACUAAAUUGGGACGUACUUUGCUGUCGCGUAAAUUUGCUAAAUAUUGCCCAGUUUACCUGAAUGAACAUUAUAUCACAGCUUUCAGAUGAUCUGUAUGUGUAUAAAGUAAAAACCAAUACGAUCAUAGAUAUUUCUGUAAAAUUAUCUUUAUUUGUAUAAAAAAAGAAAUCUAUAUCUGUAUAAAAACUAAUUGUACAUUACUAGGAUGAACUACUUUAUUUUGUGUUAAAAACGCAGAUUGGCCUUUGUUUCAUUUCAUUUUAUUUUGCGCGAUAUUUUUGAAUUUGCCUGCUUAAUAUCGUAAAAUGUCAAAAUUAGAAUUGUUUAGAGUUUUGGAAUGAAACUGCACUAUAGCGAAGAUUUGUCAGAUAUUACAACACUGUACAAUAACGUUUUUUACAUUUAUUUUGUAUACAGACCUUUAUCUCUGCCUGUUGAUUUCUACGUGUCUAUUUAUAGAAGAGAAGUUUCUUUAUAGAGGGAAAUAUUAUUUAUCAGACUAAUUUAAGUAUACGUGCAUAUGCUUGUCCAGAGUACUGUCUGAAAAAACUAAAAAAUAUAUAUAUAUAUGCGGCAGAACUAAAUUUAUUUUUAUUAUUAAGUUAAUACUUAAAGGGAUCUGUUUCUGUAUGUUUCUCUCUUUUGUUGAACACAGAAGAUGAUAUUUUGAAGAAUUUUGGUAACUGAACAAUCGACGGUACCCAUUGACUUCCGUAGUAUUUUAUUUACUAUGCAAGUCACUGGCUACCGUUAAGAGUUUGGUUACAAACAUUCUUCAAAAUAUCCUUUGUGUUCAACAAAAGAAGGAAACUCAAACAGGAUUGGAACAACUUGAGGUUUAGUAAAUGAUAGCAGAAUUGUAUCCCUUUAAUAAAAUUAUUUGUAAUUCUUUAACUACAAAGUUUCAAUAAAAAAACUGAAAACUUAACUACUAUAAAAAAAAACUAACAAAAACAAAUUUAAAACGUAAAGUUUUUGCUGUAAAACUUUACUGAAUGUAAUAUGGAAAUAGUACAGCAUAACAUAUCAUGAGUUCCUUUAUUGUCAAAACUCUGGACAAACAUUGUAAUUUCAAAAGCCAGCAAAUCCUCAUUUGAUGUUUUUAUCCAGUGUAUGAUUUCUGUACACAUUUGCACAUUUGUAAAUAUAGAUGGGUCUCUUCUAGUUUUCCACUCUUAACUUAUACGAUAGUUUUACGUUUCCGCUCUGUCGAGAUCUGUACGUUUGUAUGUAAACAGAUGGUCUUCAGCCGAGCUAUUGUUUCAUCUUGUUUCAUGAGGUGCCUUCUGAUGGUUACUAGAACUGUCUGGUUUGUUUUCCUUACAAAAGAGCAAGCACUGGAGGUCAAAUGCUAGCCAGCUAAAAGCCGAAAUAGUAGUUUAAUAGCUGAAAUAGAGUUGUUCGGCAUUUAGCGCAAAAUAGUCUCGCCAAGCGUUUAGUGGUUGUUGACACGCAAAAUCCCACAAUCAGACUAAUAUGUGACCCUGGAGCAUAAAAUCAGUCUUAAGUCGCUUGGGUAUAUUUGUAGCAAUAGCCAAAAAAAACUAAAUUAUAGAUUUUUCUUUUAUGCCAAAAAUCAUUAGGAUAUUAAGUAAAGAUCAUGUUCUAUGAAGAUAUUUUGGAAAUUUCCUUCUGUUCAAUAUUGAUUGGUAAUAUGCAUUGCUAAAAAUUCAUUUGGACAAAUUCAGUAAAUGGAAAGCUUAUUUAUUCAGCUUUCAGAUGAUGUAUAAAUCUAAAUUUCACUUGGGACUGGUUUUGUAGUCCAGGGUCACAUAUAUGUCUAGAUGACUAAAGUCACUACAUUUGGUUUACAGAAUGAAGGAUGCCACCGUUUGUUUUCGUACGGCUUAGCUGUAGCUAUUCGUAUUAAUGACCGUCAAAUGUUUUAUUAAAAUAUUAGUCUAUUAAAAAUCAUUGUGAGUAAUUUUUACGUACUAACUACUGCUGUUGGGAAAAAUUUGGAAUGAAACCCCAAUCAUGGAACCAAUUAUUAUUUUUUAUUUUUUUACAAUUGUUCUGGUUUACGUUGCUGUUAAUAAUAAUUGCUUUUGUUAUGUUUUAAAUUGAAAGGCAUUCACACAUCAUUUGUAAACUGUUCAACCCGAGGUUUGUUUUUAAAUUGUUCUUGUGUUUUGGAGGUGAUUUACAUUCGUUAUGAUGGAUUUUAAGAUGGACAUUAAUUGAAAAAAAAAAAGUUUUUCAUUCAUUAUGAGGAAUCAGUAGGAUAUAUCUUUAUUUUUCAAAUAAACUUUUUUUCUGUGCAACAGA